AUGAGAACCUCAUCCGAUUGCUGCUUAUUCCUGUUCCUAUGGAGUCUAGUGCUACUGAUCGUUGCACAGGAAAAUGAGCGGAGUUUCGGAGGAGCCCGCGUGCAGUGUUACACCUGCGACGUAGAUUUUUCAUCGGACAAAUAUGACUCCAAUAACAGCUGCUUGGUCGGAAUCGGCAACAAAGACACCGCCAGCUGCAGCACGAACUCGAAUUGGUGCAAGGUGGAAGUGGCGAGGCUCAAUGGAGUUCUGGUGCAAUUUUCACGGAAAUGCGCGGAUUCCUGUGCUCCGAACUGUAACGAGAAAGGUUUCGGCUUGAAUCGAGAAACUUGUACAUACUGCUGUCGCAAAAACCCGUCUUGUGGCGAGAAUCGUAGACAAUUCGAGCCAUUCCUCUAUGGAGGGACCAGCUCGGCUUCAGGAACCCCCGUUAGCGUCGAGGGAAUUCUGAGCGUGCUCUACAUCUCGAUGAAUUCCAAAAUGAAACGUUAG